CCAACUCGUUUCUCCGUCUCUAGACUAGCUGCUUCGCUCCAUAUUUACCUAAACCAAAUCUUCUCCUACUCUCUCUCGGUUUCUCAAUGUUCCCAGAGCCAAAAAAAUAGCACUGAUUCACGUCACCGUCUUAACAAUCAAUUAACACACGUCAGUUUUCUCUCAUUAAAUUAAAUUAAGCCCGAGAUUAGCUACGAAAUAAAUUUCUUUAUAAAUUUCUUACAAUGAAUUUAGCAACUAGAGUCAUUGUAUUUGUGUAGUCACAGUUUCCGCCUUUUCCAAUCCCAACUCUAUAUAUCUCUCUAUGGCCAUGAAAACUCAAUGUUAAAGUUGAAGAGAGAGCGCAUGGCUACUACGACGACGAAUGCGAACGCGCUACUGGUCGCCAUCACCCUGGCUCUGCUAACGUGCUCGCCUCGGUGCAUUUACUCCGCCGAGCGGCGGCUCCUGGUCGGCAUGACUCUGGUCCGGAACGCUCCGGCUCUCGGAGCUUUUUGCUUGGAUGGGAGUUUGCCUGCGUAUCACCUGCACAGAGGAUUCGGGGCCGGAGCAAGAAACUGGCUUUUACAGUUCGAGGGUGGUGGGUGGUGCAAUGACAUAGAAUCAUGCUUGGAGAGAGCCAAAAGCCGUAGAGGAUCAACACGCUACAUGACCAAGUGGGAGGUCUUCUCUGGAAUUCUAAGCAAUAAUGCAUCUCUAAAUCCAGAUUUUUACAACUGGAACCGUGUGAAGCUUAGAUAUUGCGAUGGAGCUUCAUUUGCUGGAGAUGCCGUAUUUAAGAAUGGGACAUCGUUGCUCUAUUUCAGAGGGCAAAAGAUUUGGGAAGCUAUCAUUCUUGAUCUUCUGCCAAAAGGUUUAGGACAAGCACGAAAGGCUCUGUUAUCAGGAUGUUCUGCUGGGGGUUUAGCAUCCUUUUUGCAUUGUAACAACUUCACUAAAUAUUUACCAAGCAAUGCCAGUGUGAAAUGCUUGAGUGAUGCUGGAUUCUUUCUUGAUGAAAGAGACAUAACUUCGAAUCACACCAUGAGGUAUUUCGUUAAAGAUCUUGUUUCUCUACAGGGGGUAGAGAAGAAUCUGGAUGAGAACUGCACCGCCAGCUCCCUUGAUUUUCCCGAGUUGUGUUUCUUCCCACAGUACGCACUAAAGUUCAUUACAACACCAUUUUUCAUAUUGAACUCAGCUUAUGAUGUUUAUCAGUUCCAUCAUAUAUUGGUGCCAUCUUCAGCUGAUCCACACGGCCACUGGAACCGUUGCAAACUGAAUCCGGCGGCGUGCAAUCCUGAACAGUUAAAUACAUUGCAAGAAUUCAGGCGUGACAUGAUUGUUGCUAUGGGACUGUUCUACAAAUAUUCGAGAAGAGGAGGCUUGUUCAUAAAUUCAUGCUUUGCUCACUGCCAAAGUGAGUCUCAAGACACAUGGUUUUCUGCAGAUUCUCCAAGAGUUCACAAUAAGACCAUUGCAGAAGCAGUAGGUGAUUGGUAUUUCAGCAGAAGGAUAACAAAGGAAAUUGACUGCCCAUAUCCUUGUGACACUACCUGCCAUAACCUUAUACCAUAAACUCAAGCCCUUGUACAAGAUUUGAGAAGCUAUUAGGUCCAACAUUUUCAAGGAGACCAAAUUCUUUAGAAGGUUCACAAGGAAGAAGCUAGAAUACAAGUAUACAAAUACAAUACACAGUGAUACAUAGAGCUAUUAGGUCCAACAUUGUCACCGCCGAGCAGUGGUGGAGCUAUAAACUUUGUACAGAGGGGCACCCUCAAAUAUUGAAAUGACAUGUGAAUCAAUUUUUUAGUUAAUACAAAAUCCCUAAAUUUG